AUGUUUGUCAAGACUUCUGCUAUCGGCUGCGUUGCGGCCGCCGCCCUCGCUCUCGCCGGCAACCCUGACAAGCCUGAGAUGAACCCCGGUUGGGACUAUGGCCGCUUCGAGAACGGGCUGCGCAACAACCUGCACCCUACGCAGUCGACCCGGGACUACUGGGGCGCUGGCUGGAUUCCCAAGUCCUGCAAGGACAUUGCCACCGGCCACGGCCUCAACCCCAAUGACUUUACCAUCUUCAACGUCCACUAUGAUGAUUGCCAGGAGGGCUGGACGUUUUGCCGUCACAAGGACGCCGGUGCGUCCGAGAUUGACAUGAUCGACAUCUUCGGCCGCGCUCCCGUGCGCAUGCGUUCCUUCAUCCGCCAUCUCGUUGCCACGCCCGGCCUGCACGACGGCGCUGCCGCCUUUACCUACUCGACCGGCGACUGUGUCGUCGAGAGUGCGCCCGAUCUGGCCGUCAUGCUGCACGAAAUGUCGCACAGCCUGGACUGGCACGCGCUCCCGCAGUACACCUCGCCCUUCUCCAGCAGCAACGAGUGGCAGAGCAACUACGCGCAGGACUCCAACACGCCGACCGGCUACGGCCGCACCAACUGGCUCGAGGACUUUGCCGAGACGGGCAAGAUUGGCAUCUUUGACAAGGUCGUCCCCGGCGGCUUCGGCGGCCUCGCGGGCAACUGGAAGCAAAUCUUCCACCAGUACGCCACCUACCAGGGCUACCUCGGCGACACCAUCCUGCCGGGCGGCACCUGCAACAAGCGCUUCCCCAACAGCGAGCCGGUGCCCAAGAACGGCAACAGCAAGAGGGCUGAGAUGGGCGAGAAGCCCGACAACACCAUCAAGUCGGACAACAUUACCCUCAUCCAGGUCCGCCCCGAGAUUGAGGGCCAGGUCGCUAUUUGCGAGCACCAGCACUAG